CAGCUACUUCAGUCCUUUGUUAAAAUCAAUAACAAGGAGAGCUGAUGUUGACUAUGCCAUGAUUGAAGAAGACCUUGAAGAGAGAGAAGAUUUUAUUUCUAGUCUCGAGUCGAGAUUCUUAUUCCUUGCAGCUGAUGCUCGGUCUACAUUAAGGGGUUGGAGGCCUUCUUAUAGAAAUGUCCUGCUUGGUGUGCGAAAAAAAUUAAAUGUCCCUUGUUCAAGCAAAUUGUCAACUGAAGACCUAGAAGUAGAGAUUUUUCUUCAUCUAUUGCAGGACUACUCAAGUGAAGAAUCAGGAGCUCUUCCUAAAUCAUGGGAAAACUCUAAGGCUUCUACUAGUCAUGGUAAUCUAGAAUUUGGACUCAGUCAAUGGAAGGUGCAAGCUGUUGCUGCUUUGGGAGCUGGAGCAAGAGAACUCCAGUCAAUAAUUUUGAAGGGUGGCAGUAUGCUUACACUGGGAAAGAUAUAUCAAUUAUUAGCAAGGAGAUUAUCUGGGAAGCUCUUCUUGGAAGCUGCCAACUAUCAGAUAAAAAAUGAAGUUAUCAAAAAGGGAGGACAAUUAGCAGCUAUUAACCUGGAGUCCCGUGCAGCCUUGCUUGCAGCAAAACAGGGUUUUGCAGGUGCUGCAUCCAGAUACCUAGGAUUGAGGAGCACAAUCGCAUUAUUUGGCCCAGUGCUGUGGGGAACAUUUUUGGCAGAUGUUGUCAUUCAAAUGCUUGGAACUGAUUAUGCUAGAAUCCUUCGUGCAAUUUAUGCAUUUGCUCAGAUCCGUAUUACCCGCACAUAUAGGUUGCCAUCAGAUGGUGAUCGAGAAUUUUAUUGCUGAUCAAGAGCUUCACUUGGUUCUUAAAUUUUAAUGACACUUAAAGGUUUGAAAAUGAGAUGUGUGGGUCAGACCUAGGUUUGUGUCUCUUGCAUCGACAAAUAUCCCAAAGCUUCAAUGAAGGUAAAAGUCCCGUCUACAUCUGUGGUUUUCUUUUAGGGCUUUUAGUUUUUUUAAAGCUUAUAGCAGUUAGCUAUCCCUGCCAGAACCAUCUUUGGCUUGUGUUGAUAUUGUAGAAUGAGACACUUAGAUAAUAUUUGUUUAGACUCUAGUUUUUUACUCUUUUGUUUUAUUUGUUAAUUUGUA